AUGUGCUCUCUCGUGAACAAUGCAGUGAAUCAACAAAAGGAUACUUUUGAAAAGAGAGAAAAGGCACGUAAAAGUACCAACACGAGAAGAGCCAAGUUGGUCGAGGAAGGCAAGUGUUCCGAGUGUGGUCAUGUCAUGGAUAAUGUUGCAUUGACCAGUGCUGAUAAGGAGUUCCUUAAUGAUAAAGAUGUUCUCUUGGUCGACCAAGGAAGUUCUUCUGCCAGUUCCAGCAACAGUUCCAGCAACAGUUCCACCAAUAUUCUCGAUUAUGGUGAUGAGAUGGAUUCAGAGACCCUGUUCGAUGAUAAUGGUUUCAUUCGAACAACCUUUCUUCGUCCCAGACGUCUGACAGUGUUUACGUAA